UCAAUCACCACCAUAGACUACCAUCAUCUAACAAUCCAGAAGAAGUUGUUGCCUGUGAAGGAUGCCUUCAGCUGCGAAUGCGAAGUCUGAAAAACCAGCUUCUUCGGAAGCUACGGACAAUUCACCGAUAAGACAAAUUAUGACUAUAAUCGAUCACAAAAUUCGUAAUUUAGAAAAAAGAAAGAGUAAACUAACAUCAUAUCGAGACCUGCAAAAAGCUGGGAAAGAAUUAAAAUCAGACCAGAAAGUAGCAGUUGCCAAGUAUGAUGAGGUAGCUCAGACUUUAGAGUUUGCGAGAGAUUUGGCAAAACAGGUUGCGGGCAUAGCAACUUCAGCAGAAAAAGAAGCUAAGAAACAAGCUAAAAAGGAUGCAUGGGUGCGUUAUACGGCAGAAACAAACAAAAUUCGUGAGGUACUGUUAAUAUUAGACUGUCUCGUGCAAAUGGGAAAUACAGAGGCAAGAGAUGAUUUUCUAAAUGGCACCAAUGGAGCAGUAAAGUUAACUGAAGAGGACAUCAAAAUCUUAGAUGAUUUGUAUCCUGAAGUAAAUCCAAAACAUGAACUAAAUGAAGAAGGUCAACCUGGAUUUCAUAUUUACACAAACAAGGCUGCUGAACACCUGUACUCCAUUAUAGAUGGCAAGCCUAAGGAAGUUCUGGGUACAACCUAUGCCCACAUAAAGGAAAUCAUUACUGCAAUACAUGAUUGUGGUUAUUUUGACAAAACAACCGAGAUUAUUUUAGUAAAUGAGGAAAAUCAGCAAGCUGUUCAGGAGGAAGUGCAGGAGGAGCAUCACAUCCCUGAAGCUGAGGAACAAGAGGUAGCUCAAGUGUAUCCCACCCCAGUGCCCAUUCCAGCCCCACCUGCCAGUGUUGUCCCAACUCCGGCAUACCCUCUCCGCCCAUUGCCUCCGAUCACUCUCCAAGAGGUGGAGCAUGCCUAUUUCUCUCAACAAUAUCCCCAGCAACGUCCAAUUUCAGAGGUAAUUGGAUCACAAAACUUCUUUUUUCUGCAAGAGUCUGAAAUAGACAGCCCCAUUGGCACUCCUCAGCCCCCACCAAUUAUGAAUCAACCUUCACCCCCUGGACCAAUUCCCACCCAGACAUUUACAAACCAGCACUUUGUUCCAUUAUCUGGUGGGCGAGUUGCUGAACCUGGGUCUAUACCUCUUCCACACCAGCCUCACUUCCCUCCGCACCCAGAUCAUGCAGCUUACCCCAUUCCGGGUCCACUACCGGCCCAUCCCCCGGCUGCCCUGGGUCCAAUUCCACAGCAGGUGCCCCAGGUAAUGCAGCACACUCCUCAAUUAGUACAACCAAUUCUCCCUGAACCCACACCAGUAGAGGAGAGAAAAGUUGAUACUCCGAUUGAAGAUAAAAAUGAUGAUGGAUCAAAGGAGAGCCAAAGCCCAGACCAUGAAGAAUCUGGUGAGCGUAAGACAAACCAAGGUGAGAAUCAAAACCGAUUUCGAAGAUAUGGCCGAGGCAGCGGGAGGGGGUCUUCAAAUGGAUACCGGGGUCGUGGGUCAUAUCAAAACAGACAAAAUAAUGAUGGAUAUCACAAUCGGCAUGGGGGAGAUUACCCAAAUAGAUCUAGCAAAGAUGGAUACCAGAAACAGUACAAUGAUGACUAUCAACCCAGGCAUGGCAAAAACUACCAAAACAGAGACUCCUACUACGGCAAUGGUGAUGCGAGUGACAAUCAUCAGAAUGAAAAUGGAGGACGAGAAAGAUAUAAUAAUGAUAACCAAAAUUACCAGUCUGGAUUUAAAAGCCGCGGGAGGGGCGCCCCCCGGGGAGGCUCUCGAGGAGCGUCGCGCGGUCCUCGCCCACAACAAUACAAUCGAAAAGCUGAACAUGUUGAAUAGGAUGUGUCACUGUAAAGUGUCACAAGUUUAACAACGCAAACAUACCAGUGGUUACGGCUUCGUAAUUACAAAUUUAAAGAUCUAAAUCAUUUGUGGAAGGCAAAUUUCACCGGCAACAACGUGCUAUGGAAACAACAGAGAUUAUGGUAUAAAAAAAAUAAAAGAAAAAAUAAUAAAAAAAAAGUAAAAUAAUAAAACUUGAAACUAAAUAAAAAAUAAGUUACUUGGAGUUAGAUGUAUGAUAUAUGCAAUUAUUGUAAGUUAUGUUAAUUCUAGUUUUUGUGUAGGAUUUAUGUCAUGCAAGUGACAAAAGUGACAUGGUAAAGGAGACUAAGAAAAUUUCUCCAGCCCAGGUCGCUGAGUACCUCAUGCGUGCCUCGUCCUCGUGAUAACUAUAAGUAUGGUACAUGAGAUGUGCACACAAUUAUCCCUUCUGGACCUUCUCUCAAAUCUCAUACACCUUUGUAUUUUGAAUAUAAUAAAAUGCUAAUUUAUAAUGUGUUA